UAAAAUGCUCUUUUUGAAAAUGUACCGUACAAUAUAACAUAGGUGCAUAUUGUACAUGAGUUUGCACCACUUGUUUGUAUUUACAGUCAGGUAACGUAAAGUUGAAUACACCUCAGAAGCAACAACCUCCAGUGCACAGGGAUGGACCGAACUGUGUUCCUCCUCCUGCUCUUCACAGGGCUGUCUGUUCUCCCCCCAUGCCUCUCCGUCCAGUAUCACUUUAUAGCUGAACCAGGGACCUUGACUGACGCUCAGAGUAACUGCACACAGAACUACACUGGCCUGGGAACUGCAGAGAACAUGAGAGAAAUUGACAUGUUUAAUAUCGUUACUGCACACUGGAAGGAAACAACCUGGUUAGAGCCAGGAAACGGCACCUGGAGGUGGUCGCUUGACGGAACAGAGUUAAAAGGGGAGGGGUUUUGGGAGCAUAAACAACCAGAUUUUCAAGAUAACAAUGAGUUUUGCGUGUUUGUUGAAGCUGAGAAGUGGCAUGAUGAACAAUGUGACAAGAUACAUUCUUUUGUAUGCUAUGAUGAACACAAUCACCCCAAUGAGUACAUCCACAUUGUCAACUUACAAAAGAAGUGGGCUGAAUCACAGCAGUACUGUAGACAAAACCACACAGACCUGGCCAUUGUGAGGAACUCAGCAGAGUGGGAGAAAGUGAAGAACAUCUCUCUCUCAUCUAAUAAUAACAGUGUGUGGAUUGGCCUGCGUAAACUUCCUUGUGUCUGGGGUUGGUCCAACAACACUGGCAGCUGCUCAAUGGACAAUGUGAAUAGGGGACCUGCAAAUGAAAAUAAGUGUCCUGAAAAACGUCCUUUUAUCUGCUAUGAUGAUGAGCUGGUCCUGGUCAAUGAGAACAAGACGUGGUCAGAAGCCUUGUGGUCCUGUAGAGACAAGGGGAUGGAGCUGGUGUCUGUCCUAAACCAGAACAUCCAGAACUGGGUCCAACAGAGAGCAGACAAUGCCUCCAGUCCCUUCGUCUGGCUGGGCCUGAGAUACAGCUGCACAUUGAACUUCUGGUUCUGGGUCAGUGGAAAUUAUUCCUGCUACCAGAACUGGGCUGAUGGGCAGGGCCACAACACCGAGCAAUGUGAGAUCACAGGUGCCAUAAAGACAGAUGGGGGACACUGGUCCAGCCUGCCUGAGACUGACAGACACAACUUCAUCUGCAGCAAGAGUCAUGAUUACUAGGACCAGACCUAUUCUCUGAACCAGCUCCACACUAGAGCUCAACACCUUGUUCCAGAUCCUGUUCUGAUUUAUGUUACAUAAGGUGAUUUAUCAAUC